CGAGCACAGUGCCCUGACGGACUCGUGAGGGAUGCUGUGUUUCUCUGGGAACAUACACCUGUCCCGCAAGCAAAGGUUGCACCGCUGCACCUAUACCAGCCAUUGCAGUGAUGGUCCCACCUUGAAAUCCAGACGGAGCAAAAACGAGUCAAAAGAAAGGAUCGUUCUGAGAUCUUCAGUUUUCGAAAACUCCUCUGUGCCAUAAGCUCAUGCCAUGGCCAGGAAAACAGUUUCUCGGAAAAGUAGUUCCCUGUGACGGAUCCACAAUACAAAGUUGAGGUCUGCUUCUUCAUAGUAACCCAAAAGGACCAAGAUGAUGUUUUGGCUGCUGCUAGUUCUGUCCAUUUGGCUGGGUCCCAAUCAAGCCGACUCUGCUCAGUCCAAUGAACGGCGAGUUGUAGCACACAUGCCUGGUGACAUAAUCAUCGGAGCAUUGUUCUCUGUACAUCACCAGCCUCCUGCUGAUAAGGUGCAUGAACGCAAAUGUGGUGCGGUGCGAGAGCAGUAUGGCAUCCAAAGGGUGGAGGCCAUGAUGCAUACACUGGACCGCAUUAAUGCUGACCCGCACAUCCUUCCCAACAUCAGCCUGGGCUGUGAGAUCAGGGACUCCUGCUGGCACUCGGCUGUGGCUCUGGAGCAGAGCAUCGAGUUCAUACGCGACUCGCUGGUCUCCUCUGAUGAGGCCGAGGAGUGGGGCGGCGGAACUUCUUGGGGAGGCGGAGGAGGGACGCUAAAGUGCUCAGACCCCUCUGCCACUCCAAUGCGGGGGAAGAAACCUAUUGUGGGUUUAAUUGGACCUGGCUCAAGCUCAGUGGCCAUCCAGGUCCAGAACCUGCUACAGCUAUUCAACAUACCACAGAUUGCCUACUCUGCCACCAGUAUGGACCUCAGCGAUAAGAGCCUUUACAAAUACUUUAUGCGGGUGGUGCCUUCAGAUGCCCAGCAGGCAAGAGCUAUGGUGGACAUUGUCAAGAGAUACAACUGGAGCUACGUGUCUGCAAUACACACAGAAGGGAACUAUGGUGAAAGUGGGAUGGGGGCGUUCAAGGACAUGGCAGCCAAGGAGGGCAUCUGUAUCGCCCACUCUGGGAAAAUCUGGAGCAAUGCCGGAGAGCAGAGCUUUGAUCGGCUGCUGGAGAGACUGAGGGCCCAUCUGCCUAAGGCCAGAGUAGUGGCAUGUUUCUGUGAAGGCAUGACUGUCCGAAAUAUCCUCAUGGCUAUGAGGCGCCAGGGACUGGUUGGAGAGUUUCUUCUCAUCGGCAGUGAUGGAUGGGCGGACAGGUAUGAUGUGACAGAUGGCUAUGUUAAGGAAGCGGCCGGCGGGAUUACCAUCAAGCUCCAGUCGGCUGACGUGAAAUGGUUUGAUGAAUACUACCUUAAACUUCGUCCUGAAAACAAUCACAGAAACCCUUGGUUUCCAGAGUUCUGGCAGCAUCGCUUUCAGUGUCGACUAAAAGGUCACACCCAGGAGAACAGCAAGUACAACCGCACCUGCAGCAAGCGAGAGUCACUUCGGCAGCAAUAUGCACAGGACACUAAGAUGGGAUUUGUCAUUAACGCCAUCUACUCAAUGGCAUAUGGCCUGCAUAACAUGCAACGGUCACUCUGCCCAGGUUACAAGGGCCUGUGCGAUGCCAUGCGACCCAUUGAUGGGGCUAGACUUCUGGACUUUUUGAUGAAAACCAACUUCACCGGUGUGUCAGGGGAAGGAAUCUUAUUUGAUGAAAACGGAGACUCACCCGGCAGGUAUGAAAUAAUGAACUUCAAAAAGAUGGGGAAGGACUACUAUGACUACAUAAACGUCGGCAGUUGGGACAACAGAGGCUUAAAAAUAGAUGAUGAUGAAAUCUGGCCCAGCAAAGAGAGCGUGAUCAAGUCAGUCUGCAGUGACCCCUGUGACAAAGGGCAGAUUAAGGUGAUCCGUAAAGGUGAAGUGAGUUGCUGCUGGACGUGCACCCCCUGCAAAGAAAAUGAAUUUGUGUUUGAUGAGUACACCUGCCAAGCCUGUGAGCUGGGCUCCUGGCCUAAUAAUGACCUCACAGGCUGUGACCCAAUACCAGUGGAAUACCUUCGAUGGGGAGACCCUGAACCCAUUGCUGCUGUGGUAUUUGCCUGCCUCGGUCUAAUGGCUACAUUUUUUGUCACUGCAGUCUUUAUUAGAUUCCGGGACACUCCAGUCGUGAAAUCUUCCAGUAGGGAACUGUGUUACAUAAUACUGGCAGGUAUCUGUUUGGGAUACCUGUGUACCUUUACCCUCAUAGCCAAACCCCACGUCAUCCAUUGCUACCUCCAGCGACUGGGAAUAGGCCUGUCACCUGCCAUGAGCUACUCUGCACUUGUCACCAAGACAAACCGCAUUGCUCGGAUCCUGGCAGGAAGCAAGAAGAAGAUCUGCACAAAGAAACCUCGCUUCAUGUCUGCCUGUGCUCAGCUUAUCAUUGCCUUCCUCCUCAUACUGCUACAGCUGGGCAUCAUUGUGGCUCUCUUCCUCAUGGAGCCCCCGGAGGUCAUCCACGACUAUCCCAGCAUCCGCCAGGUCAACCUCAUUUGCAACACCACGAACCUCGGCGUGGUUGCCCCGCUGGGAUACAACGGCCUGCUUAUCCUUAGCUGCACCUUUUAUGCCUUCAAGACCCGCAACGUCCCAGCUAAUUUCAAUGAGGCUAAGUACAUUGCCUUUACAAUGUACACCACCUGUAUUAUCUGGCUGGCAUUUGUACCCAUCUACUUUGGCUCUAACUACAAAAUUAUCACCAUGUGCUUCAGUGUCAGCCUGAGUGCCACUGUGGCUCUGUGCUGCAUGUUUGUACCCAAGGUGUACAUCAUUCUGGCUAAACCAGAGCGUAAUGUGCGUAGUGCCUUCACCACUAGCACGGUGGUGCGCAUGCAUGUGGGUGAUGGCAAAUCAUCCUCAGCUGCCAGCCGCUCCUCCAGUCUGGUUAACCUGUGGAAACGGAGAGGCUCCACUGGAGAGACACUCAG